UGUACAAAAUGAAACAUAUUUUAGUAGCAACUGCAAUAAUUUUUUGUUUUGGGCAACUAACACAAGCAAAAGUAAAAAGCAGAGUUCAUGGAGGGACAAAGGCUACUUAUGCCAUGUUUCCUUACCUCGUGUACUUGCGAAGAAACGGAUGGAACAAGCCGAGCUGGUUACCCUCACUCAUUCAUUAUGUGCCAGUUAUCAGCGAUUGGUUCAUGACUCCGUUUCACUGCGGCGGCGUUAUAAUUAACAAACGUUUUGUGCUCACUGCAGCUCAUUGUAUCAUAGGAGAUGCCAAAUCCGAAGUAAAGAGGCUUGAAGUGGUAGCUGGAACGCAUAAGUUAAAACAUCCCGAUUCACCAAACGUUCAAGCUUACGCCGUAGAAUCUAUCGCUGUACACACUGUGCCUGGUCGCCUUUAUCUCGGUGGAGAUAUUGCUUUGAUAAAAAUCAAAAAUUACUUUGACUUCAGUAGAUUCGACGUUGCUCGUGCGAAACUACCUCCAGCAAAUUACAAAGUUCCUGAAAAUACUCGAGUGACCAUUGGAGGAUGGGGUACGACUGAGAAAGAUGAUGAACCGCUGCACUUGCAUUACUUGAACAUGCAAGUUACCAACACCAAAUUAUGUCACUUUUCUUGGAAAACUUACAUUCAAGGAGAAUAUCCAAUAGUCUCAAAAGCGUUGAAUUUUGACAAAAUCAUAGAGCAAGAAACGAUGAUGUGUGUUAGCGCUGGUGAAGGACAAGGUGUCUGUAACGGUGAUUCCGGUAGCGGGGCUGUGACGAGCGACGGAAUGGUCCUGGGAAUCGUGAGCUUCGGCGCCACGCCCUGCGGCAACUCGGACGUCGUGCCAGACGUCAUGACCUACGUCCCGCACUACGUGCACUGGAUAAGGAAGCAAAUGCUCGCCAUGCUACCGCAAGUGAUGUCUUUCACGUGAAAAAUAUUCAUACACGCGUCGAAGAUACAAGUAGCUUUUAACGAACGCAUGUAACAGGGAGA